AUGGGAGGCUGUAAUUGCAAGCUUUUCAAGAGGCAAGACAUCAAGGAUGGCCGUCCGCAACCACACGUGCUGUCGCUCGACUUCGAUGAUCCGGGCGAGCUUCUCAUGACCUCCGAGAGCGACGAGACAAUUCAGAUUUAUAGCGUCAAGGAGGGUAUACACAAGAAGAACUUGCUGAGCAAGAAGUAUGGCGUCAAGCUGGCAAAGUUCACACAUACGAGCUCCAGCAUCAUCUACGCAAAUCAGAUCCGAUAUCUGGCUACCCACGACAAUUCCUUCAUCCGAUACUUUGAGGGCCACGAAAAGAGCGUCACAGAUAUUGCCAUACACCCAGGCGCUGAUAACUUCAUCUCUUGUAGCCAAGACAAUACCGUGCGCCUUUGGAAUAUUUCGACGAAGCAAUGGUGCGGCCAACUGAACCUCAACUCUCCAUAUCUCACCGCAUACGAUCCGUCGGGGCAGAGUUUUGCUGUCGCGUGUACGAACAGCGGAAGUGUUUUGCUAUAUGACUGCCGCAACUACGACAAGGCGCCAUUUGCGACCUUCGAUGUUGUCGACGCCGGCAGACACGUGGACUCUCAGUUCGUAGUCAGGGGUUGGACAAAGCUGGAAUUCUCGAACGACGGCAAGCAUAUACUCGUGGGUACUCGCGGCCCCGGUCACUUCGUACUCGAUGCUUUCGACGGGAGCUUAAAGGCGUAUCUGCGUAAGCCCGAGGGCGGAACCGGGCGGCUGGCGGCUGGCGAGACAUCAAGCACUAUCAAUGGCAGUAUGCUGAAGACGGACCAGCCCACAAUCGAGAGCAGCGGUGAUUGCUGCUUCUCUGUGGACGGCCGUUACGUUCUGAGCGGUGGUCCAAAGGAUGUCCUGGUCUGGGAUAUCUUGACACCGCCCCAGAACGAGAACAAGACCCACGAUGCUACCUGGGUAUUGGAGGAAAAGCGAGAGGCGGCGGUGUUGGCAUUCAACCCGCGGUACAACUUUUUUGCGACGGCAGAUCAAGAUGUGAUGUUCUGGGUACCCGAUCCUCAUGCAUGA